AGGAUUGUGUCAAUCAGUUCUCCUGUGAGGGAGACUCCACAUCUCUCUGGGUAACCUGCUCCAGUUUGUGGUCACACAGUAAAGAAAUUCUUCCUCAUAUCGAGGUGGAAUUUCCUGCAGGUCAGUUUGUGCCCAUUGCCUCUUGUCCUGUUGCUUGGCACCACGGAUAAAAGCCUGGCUCCAUCCUCUUGGGCACACUCCCUUUAGAUACUGAUACACAAAAGGCAAAGCCCAGCAAGUAGUAGCACCAGCAAGCAGCACCAAACUAAGGACAUAGCCCCUGCUCCUCAGGGGCAGGAGCAUUACCAGGCACGCUGCUGUGUCCUGCCAGGGAGAUGUCACUGGGACAGCCUCCCCCUGUAGUGAUGGGGAGAUGCAGAACCUGCUUCUGCAGAGAUCCCUCACUGGGCAUGUGUUGGUGUAUCCGUGCAAUCUGCGGCCGGCAGAGUUCUCAAUCUCCCCCUGUCGGUGCCUGUUGGUCACAGAACAUGCUGAGAUGAAAGGGACCCACGAAGAUCAUCGAGCCCAACUCCUGGCCCUGCGCAGGACACCCUGAGAAUCACACACACGAAGUGAACCAGCGACUAACGCUAAUGACAACUGAAAAGGGACGGAGGUGUUUUCUCGCCGGCUGGCAGCUGCGGGAGCAGCCGGUGCCGGAGCAGACACGGCGUAGAGAACAGCUCCGCCCCCGGCCCGCAGACAUGGCGGCGGCGCACCGGGAGCGCGCCGCGGUCGCUCGGUUGUGACGUCACGGACGCGGCCUAUCCCGGGGCCCGUCCUGGCCCAUCCCGAGGCUUCAUCCCGGCCUAUCUCGGGGCUCGUCCCGGUUCCCGUCCCUGCUUGUCCCGCCCCGGUUUGUCCCGCCCAUUUCCCCGGCGCUCUCCAUGGCCCUGCCCGUCGUACACAGGUGCCUCCAACUCACUGAUGAAAAUGAGCAGUUAGUCAAGAAGGUGAAGAAACUACAGAUAAAAAAUAAGGAGCUAGAAAAGAAUCUGGGUCAGAUCCAAGAACAGCUGUGUCUGCAGCAAUCCAUGCGUGUCUGUGGCUCAAGCAGAGAUGUUCAGGUUCAAACAGAAACCCAUUUAUGUCAUAAGGGUGGAGAGAACAAGAAUCUGGUUCUAAAGAGUGACAGUGUCAGACUACUUCAGAUGUAUAAUGAGCUACAGAAACGUUAUGUUAAAGAAACCAAAAUAAACAAGGAGCAAAGUGAAGCAAUUAAAAAUCUCACUAUUAAAAUUAAUGAGCUAGAGCAUAAUCUUCAAGAGCAGAGGCAAAGAAUUGAGCAACUGGAAUGUAAAAAGGUUUCUUGGAAAACUAGUGCUGGUUCUGGAAAACGAAAUCAAACCCAAGAGGGAGGAGUAACUUCUCACAGGGACAUUUCUGCAAAGACGGAAUCCUGUUGCAGUAGUUAUUUAGAGCUAUUGUUGAAGGAGAUUAAAAAGCUGAAGAAAGAAAAUGGAAAGUUGUCUGCAGAAAAGAGAGCAUUAAAAAAUGAAUUAGCUGGAUUAGACAAGGUAAUUUAUUUUAAGACAAGCUUAAUAGUAGGUGAUUUUUGAAAAACUAACUUUUCUGCCUGAGCUGAAACUUCUUUAGUCUGAACAUAUGUUGUUAUCAAGUAAAAUACAUAAAAAACCAGUGUACAGCAUUCUGAGAGAGAAGGAAAUUAAUGACUCCUUGAAACAUUCAUGUCCUGAAGGGCUGCCCAGCUAAGGAAGACUAUAUUCUCUUUAACUUACACAUAUCAAAGUUAUGCCUCUGACAGAACUCCAAGAUUAGGGAGGGCAGAGGCUUUGAAGUUUUUGUUAGAUCUAUAGAUGUAAAAAGUGAAGCUGUGAACAUUUGGUAAUUCUUAAAGUUAUAUAACAAGAUGAUGAGAUCUUACCUAACUAUAGAAGACUUAGUUUAAUGUACUGACAUUAAAUUUUAUUUUCAGCAACAAAUUGUUUAAACUGAUUUUUACUUGUUCCUCUAGUCUUUUUUAAGAAACUGUCUUCUUACUUUUCAGUCGUUUCUCCCAGACUAAAUAGCAUUAUGGUAUUAAUUGCAGUGGUAACAGUAAAGGAGGGUGAUAGUUCAUUGGAUGUGUAACUUGCAGAACAUUAAGCUAGGAUGAGUUCUAGAUCCCUGUGUUUGGGAAUCAGGGACAAAGUGUGGCUGAGAGCUUCAUCUUAUAGGACAGAGAUACAUAAAUUUGAGGUUGUGGCUUUUUAUCAGUGGUCCCUUUUUAAGGUAGUUUUAACUUGCUCUAUGUUAUAUGUAUGUAACUGUUAAUUUAAAAAAUGCUGAAAGAGUAGGGAGGAGAAUAUCAAAUAUAGGUGGUUAUGGGUAGAUACAUUGUUAUUUUGGUAGCUAGAACAUUCAAGGGUUGGUGAAAUGAAGUCUUGGGUGAUUAUACUCUUCUAUCCAUAUAUUUCCCAACAAUUUCUGACUUCACUUACAAAGAAUCAGGAUGUUUCAUUAUUCCCUUGUCAUAUUGGACUGUCAUUUUGUAGCUGUCUGGUAAAUCCAUAUUUUUUCCUUUUUAAAAUUAAUCUUUCCUAUUAUUAGUCUAUAAUCCAGCCUCUAACAUAACUUGAACUCUGCUUGUCUGUUCAGGGCAGAAGUUAUUAAAUUAUUACCUAAGGUUGUAGCUGAUUGCUGUAUAUCUGAGUUAUGUUUGCAUAACUCAGCCAUACAUUGGUAAAAAUAUAGAAAGUGUCUUUGAAUUUGGGAAUAACUGGAUUACUGAGAAUGUCUUUGAAAAAAAAGUUUAAGGUGAAUAUUUUUGGG